GGCGGCGGCGGCGGGAAACGGUUCCGGGUCGUCGGCGGGAGCCAACAUGGAGCCCGUCGGGCUGGCGGGGCCUCGCUGAGGGAGCGCCGGGCCGCAGCGGGGCCGCGCCGCCGCCAUGUCGCUGGGCGAGUACGAGCGGCACUGCGACUCCAUCAGCUCCGACUUCGGCAGCGAGUCCUCGGGCAGGGGCGGCCCCCGCGGCGGCGGCGGCCUGCCCGGCGAGCAGGAGGAGCUGCACUACAUCCCCAUCCGCACCCUGGGCCGCGGCGCCUUCGGCGAGGCCACGCUCUACCGCCGCACCGAGUCACAGAGGACAUGGGGGCAUCUCAUACAGGAUGACUCACUUGUAGUGUGGAAGGAGGUGGACCUGACCCGGCUGUCAGAAAAGGAACGUCGUGAUGCUUUGAAUGAAAUCGUUAUCCUUGCCCUGUUGCAGCACGAGAACAUCAUUGCAUACUACAAUCACUUCAUGGAUAACACCACGCUGCUGAUUGAGCUGGAGUACUGUAAUGGAGGGAACCUCUACGAUAAGAUUCUGCGGCAGAAAGACAAGUUAUUUGAAGAAGAGAUGGUGGUUUGGUAUCUCUUUCAAAUUGCAUCAGCUGUGAGCUGCAUUCAUCGAGCAGGGAUUCUUCACAGGGAUAUAAAGACAUUAAAUAUCUUUCUAACUAAGGCAAACCUGAUUAAAUUGGGAGACUAUGGGUUGGCAAAGAAGCUGAACUCUGAGUACUCUAUGGCUGAGACUCUGGUGGGAACUCCGUAUUACAUGUCCCCAGAACUCUGCCAGGGUGUGAAAUACAACUUCAAAUCGGAUAUUUGGGCUGUGGGCUGUGUCAUCUUUGAGCUGCUUACUCUGAAGAGGACUUUUGAUGCUACUAAUCCCCUGAACCUUUGUGUGAAGAUUGUACAGGGAAAUCGCGCCAUGGAAGUUGAUUCCACCGUCUACUCCCGGGAGCUGAUCCAGAUGGUGAAUUCCUGCCUUGAUCAGGAUCCAGAGAAGAGACCCACUGCAGAUGAAUUGCUUGAGCAUCCCCUUCUCAGCAAACGCAGGAGGGAGAUGGAAGAGAAAGUCACACUGCUUAAUGGGCCAAAUAAGCGACCAAGGUCCAGUACCAUGAAUGAGGCUCCCAUCGCCGUGGUGACUUCGCGCACUAGUGAGGUGUAUGUCUGGGGGGGUGGGAAGUCCACCCCCCAGAAGCUGGAUGCCAUCAAAAGUGGCUGCAGUGCACGCCAGGUGUGUGCUGGUAACACUCACUUUGCUGUGGUGACAGUGGAGAAGGAGCUCUACACCUGGGUGAAUAUGCAGGGGGGCACCAAGUUGCAUGGGCAGCUGGGACAUGGAGACAGAGCCUCGUACCGGCAGCCAAAGCAUGUCGAGAAGCUUCAGGGAAAAGCCAUUCGCCAGGUGUCCUGCGGAGAUGAUUUCACAGUGUGCAUUACAGAUGAGGGCCAGGUGUAUGCCUUUGGCUCAGACUAUUAUGGAUGCGUUGGCGUUGACAAGGCUUAUGGCUCUGAAGUGCUUGAGCCCCUGCAGCUGGAUUUCUUUCUUACCAACCCUGUGGAGCAGGUCUCGUGUGGAGAUAACCACGUGGCAGUGCUGACCAGGAGCAGAGAAGUUUACACAUGGGGCUGUGGGGAGUAUGGGCGCUUGGGCUUGGAUUCAGAAGAAGAUCACUACACCCCUCAGAAGGUGGAUGUUCCGAAGACCUUAAACAUUGUGUCUGUUCACUGUGGCUGUGAUGGGACUUUCCUGCUCACCCAGACAGGCAAAGUCUUGGCAUGUGGACUCAACGAGUUCAACAAGCUGGGCCUGAAUCAGUGCACAUCAGGGAUAAUCAACCAUGACACGUACUGUGAGGUACCAUAUGCCACUUCCCUUACUUUGGCCAAGCAGCUGUCCUUCUACAAGAUCCGUACCAUUGCUCCAGGGAAGACACACACAGCUUCCAUUGAUGAGCGAGGCCGCCUGCUGACCUUCGGCUCCAACAAGUGCGGACAGCUUGGUGUUGGGGACUAUAAGAAGCACCUGGGAAUUAACCUGCUGGGAGGCCCCCUGGGGGGUAAGCAGGUGAUCAGGGUUUCAUGUGGAGAUGAAUUCACCAUAGCUGCUACUGACGACAACCAUAUCUUUGCCUGGGGUAACGGCGGGAAUGGGCGUCUGGCAAUGACAUCCACUGAGAGAGCUCAUGGCUCAGAUAUUUGUACCUCAUGGCCUCGGCCAAUAUUUGGAUCAUUGCAUCACGUUCCAGACCUGUCAUGCCGUGGCUGGCACACCAUCAUCAUUGUUGAAAAGGUGUUGAACUCUAAAACAAUCCGAUCCAACAGCAGUGGCCUGUCCAUUGGUACUGUGGCUCAGAGCUGCACAACUGGAGGAGGAGAGGAAGAGGAUAAUGAACAGGAAGCGGAGACCCCCAAUCCCAGUGGAGGCUUUCGGGGAACCAUGGAAGCAGAUCGUGAGCUGGGGGGCUGGAUCAGCACGACAGAAGCAAAGGGAGGCAACAGCGCUGACAGCAGCUCCUGCCCUGGCUGGCUGCGGAAGGAGCUGGAGAAUGCUGAAUUCAUCCCGAUGCCUGACAGCCCCUUUCCUCUGAGCAUGGCAUCUUCAGAGCCCGAGAAGGAGACUCUCCCUUACCAGAAACUUCAGGGACUCAAAGUGGCCUCUGAGGAACCUGUUGGACUAAACAAGCCCAAACCAGAGCCCUGGCCUACUUGCCUGAGUCCAACCUUGCCAUGUGGUGAAGGGAAGGCUGCAUCUUCUGUUGCGGGCUGCAUGUGUAGUGCUCUGCAGGUGGAGGUGACACACCUCCGAGGCCUGGUUUUACAGUGUCUGGAUGAUCAGAAGAAGCUGCAGCAGGAAACUGUUCGUCUGAGUGCCCAACUCCAGCAGUUCUGCAGGGGGACGGAGAGAAUACAGCAGGUGGAGGUUCAUUCCAAAGGAACACAGACAGCCAAAGAGGAGACGGAAGUGGAUCCGAAACCUGACUUGGAUUCAGAUUCCUGGUGUCUCCUGGGAACGGACUCGUGCCGCUCCAGCCUCUAGUCUCCUGAGCCCACUGGGAUCCAUCUAACUUCACAGCACACUAACCGAAUGCAGAGAGCGGCUUUCCUGGCUUCAGGUCACUCGCAGACAAGGAGCGAGGCCGGAGGCUCCAGAGCAGCACCCAUGUACGUUUGAUAUGAACUAGGAGUGAGUUUGAGAGGGGAAGGGCCCCUGAGCUCUAGGCCGGCUCAGUGGUUGAAGCAGCAGCAGCUCCUCUUUGUACCUUAUCUGUCAAUUCUGCACGUGAGGCAGAACGGCCCCAUUAUGGCGAUGGCUCCGGUAGCGGCUUGUGGCCCUUUCAUUGUUUCACUGCUUCCUGGGAGCUGCCUUUGGGACCCCAGUAUUCAUCACUGCAUCUCUAGACGAGAGGAGGAGACGUGUUUUGUACUGAAGCUGGCUGAACCCUAAGACUUGCCACCUUCACUUCAGAGGGGUGAAGGACUAGGAUCCUCUCCCUACCCACAUGGUAAGGCCCAGCCGGUGAGGCUGCUCCCCUCUGCUCAGGGGCAGAGGGAGCAGGGGGCGUCUCAUUCUGGAGGCAGUGGAGAUCUUCCUGUUAGGGAGAUAAUGGUAGACAGCGUGUCCCUGGCCUGGAGGCACAGCUUCUGGCUCUGUGGCUGUGUCCAGUGGCCUGUAUAGACAGAGUUUAAAGGCUUUAUUCUGGGUGCCUAGAGCUUUCCAACUUCCAGGCAAUGCACCGAGAUGAGUGAAUCGAGUGUAGUUUCCAAUAGCAGUAGUGGGGACUGUCUGAGGUGGGAUCUCUCGCUCUCAGUUUCAGACCACCUGCUUCCCAGGCAGAUGACGAGCGUCUGGGCCUCAGACUAAGUCACCCAUUUCUUGCUCCAGCUGUUCGACUUGGUUUAGGUGCCAGAGCUUCUGGUUUCUUGGCAUAAGCCCGUAGCUGCUCCCUGCUUGGCUUCUGUUCUGCUCAGCCCCUGGUGCCCACGCUCUGUGUGGGUGUGGGAAGAAUCCAUGUUUUUCCACUCAGUGUUUUGAUGAAGCUGGAAUGCAGUUUCCUACCCAGAAUAGGUCAUUAAUGCCGUGGUCACAGGAUGCAGCCUUCCCCAAUGACCAUGAAUGAUCAAGUCUCUGUCCGGAAUUCACCUUCUUUCUAGAAGCAAGAGGCUUUCCCAAGAAAAUUGGAGAUGGGAAGAGGCAUGGUCUGAUGCUAAAGGUUUUCUCAUUUCCUGUUAAAGAGUGAGGUUAAUUUUAUUCCCCUUAUUAGCAAGCUGCCUUUGAACUAAGCUUUUGGGAUUGGUAGGAUCCCUGGGAGCAGCUAGCCUCCCCUGCCUUACAUGAAGCCUCUAAGGAGUCCUGAGUCCCUCUCACCUUUGCUGUGAGUGUGGGGUUGUGAUUUCAUUAGGCUUAAACCAUCCCCAUCAGUGGCCUGUCACUAUAAUUGCCUUAGGUCUAGUGGAGUUGGAUAACCUAUUGCCUCUCCUAGACUUCUUUUGAGAGAUUCUUUUGGGGGAGCCAGCAUUCCCCAUUUGUCUCUAGAGGUGGAUACCAAACCAUUCUGCUUGUAACUUAUGCUCCUUAAAUACUUCUUUGAUGCCUAUUGCUAGUAUCCCGGGGCUGAAUCAAGUGCCGUCUCUCCAGCGCAGUGUCCAGGGCAAGGAUCGUACUAGUGUGCCUGUCCAUCGUUGCUGCAGGAAGGCUGGGAGGACAGCCCUCCUGGGAGGUGGUGAGUGUCAAGCACCCUGGCCUGGCCACAUCACUUGGUUGCCCUUGUGACUCGGCUCUCCUUUCCCCCAUGUGCAUUGGUGCCAGUUCUCAAGUUAGGGUCCCGGCUUGAGGGUUGUUGCGGUUGGAAACGAUUGAGUUGGUCACGUUGCAGCAGUGCCUUUGAGGAGUGAAGAGUUGAGCCUGAGCCAUGUCCAAUAAGCAAGCACCGAGCUGAUGGGAGUCGCUCUCCUGCAGUGCACUGCUAUCCUCAUUUCUCAAUGCUCUGCAGUUGGGAAGCUAGGUGCACAGACUGGAUUCCCCUCGGAUCUAGUGGAGGAUUAGGGUCCCUGACAGAGGACGCCCUGUGCUCCGCAAUCUCAUAUGUGCCUUAGAGGAUUCACGCUAUCCAGGUUGUGCCUGUUACAGACCACAGAUUUCACACCAGCCAGCUAUGCAACCAAAAAAGCAGUUUAAAGCCAGCACCUUCGUCUUGGGCUGAAAAUGGAAGGGCAAGUGGGCAGAAGUGCCUUUUGAGCAGUUUCAAACCUUUUUUACUUCUCCCCUUCUUGCAGUGCUAGCUCCAUAUGUGUUGGUCUCCUGCUAGUAUUGCUACUGAGUUGUUAUAGUGGAACACAACUUAUGCCUGCUCCGACACUCUGGCUGAAAACUAGUUUGUCGUUGUCUUUUUUUGAAAGGUUAAAGGGUGUAGUGGUUUGGAGUUUCUGUUUAAAUAAAUGUUUAAACUCA